CAAUGUAGGUAUGUAGCAUAUGGUGCAUGCACUGUACUGGCUGCGUCGGGAAGUUAGUGUAAUUUGGGUUACCUGUAUUUUGGUGUACAGAUAAGCUACAAGAAGGCAUUUUCAGACACCGACAGUGGAGUAUUUUGGAGAUAAUAUUUAAUGCAAUCUACACCUUACAAGACUUCUUUCGGCACUGGAUCAGGAAGAUGUUAUUCCAAGGAAUAAAGUUACUAGAUUGAUCACAGACACAACUUUAUCUGCAAGCUCCAAUCCUUCCAGAGCGACUAGUUUCCUUUCACCACCAAGUGAGGGCGUCCUUCCACCUGUUGAGUCUGGCCUACAUGAUCCUGAGGAGAGGCUGCUAGGACUCGAGAGACCAGGUGAAGCAUGCGGGAGAGAGCACGCAGCAAAAUGGCAACGCUUAAUGCAAGAGGAGGACAAGUAGAGCGGGGAUCGGGGCGGUCGCCCAGCAGCAACCGAUCCAUCCAGGACCGGCUCGGCCUGGCCACCAUGCAGCCCUUCCCGUCAAUCCGACACAUGGGUCGGCUCUCAGAGCAACACCGGUCAAGCAGCGACUCCAACCUGGCCCACCCCGACCUGCAGCGAAGGGCCGGACACCAGUCCAGUCUGAUGGUCAGCAAGAAUGAGAUCAUCCUGGGAGGUGACCAUGGGGACAGCGCUAGUGCCAAUGUGACCUGGGACAUCAGGGAAGACGUCGGGUCACAGGACUGGAUCGGUCUUUAUCUCAUCGGAGAAAGGAACCCAGCCAGCUACCUCAGCUACAAGAACCGCGGGGUCAGCGGCACACACAAAGGUCAAAUCAUCUGGGUCGUCGAUGCUGAACCAAACUUCACCAAACCUUUAACGAAGGUAUGUUUUAAGUACUACCAUGGAGCUACAGGGGAGCUACGGGCCUGUACGUCCACCAUCAACAUCAAGAACUUGGAUGUUUGGGACCCGGAGUCAGACGAAGAACUAGACGAAUACGACCCGUUUAUCAAGCUCACAUUAUCAGGUGUGAAAGCAGAAGGUCUUAAGAAGGGGAUCAUCUUCAACCCUCAUCCUUACAUCAAGUUCCACAUCCAGACAAGAAGACCAGCUAAAGACCAGCAGCAGCAGCAACAACGUACCAACGACCACCACCACCACCACAACCAUCACAGCAACACCCAGCAACAUCAGCAGCAACGCACAACGAUAGCAGAGAAUACCGUCAUGCCGGCCUGGCAGGGCCAGGAGUUCACCUUCAACGUGACCCGUGUAGACGUGCUGGAGAUUGAAGUCAAGGACAAGUUCAACCGGAGCCAUCCGGUCAUCAGCCGGUUCCUGGGCAAGCUUUCCAUCCCGGUUCAACGACUCAUCGAAAAGGUGGCGCUAGGGGAGCAUACCGUGACGUACAGCCUGAACAAGAGGCACCCAUCAGACCACGUCAGUGGCUACCUGACCUUCACUGUCAAUAUGGAGGAGGUCCCAGAUGACCCCAUCCCCAAUGGCGACAUGGGAGGUCCCCCAGAGUUCAUCGACAUGACCCGGUCAGCGUCCUUUCCAGUAUCCCUCAGAGUAUCGGGCGACGCCUCUGUUGAAUCGUCGCCACGACACUCCAUCAUUUCAGAGGAGUUGGAGAAUGCACACAACUCGGUGGCAAGGUCAUCGUCGGCACCGUCACACGCCGUGAACCACCAGAGGGAACCUAAAGCCAUACAUAUACCACCCAUUGAACCGCCGACACCGACAGACACCAGCGUUGCUGCACCGAUAUCAAAUGAGCAGUGGUCGCAAGCCACACAAGACAUGUCAGAACGGUCACUGGCUCAAGUUGAGAGUAUCGCCUGUAUGUACUCGCUUCAUGGUGCCGGGGAUAGCCCUGCAAGGGAACCAUCAACAACAGUUACCACAAGUGGCACCAACGGUGAGAGUAUACAUCGGCCAUUGACGAUUAAUAUACCCGGUGUGCAGAAUGCAUCGGCUUUAGUUUCUAGUAUCGGUACACAAGUGACUCCUUCACCUACAUCAAGACCACCAGUAAGUCUGGCUAGUCCAGAAUCAGACGAAAGAACUUCAGGUGAAAGAAACCAGGAAGAGAAUAGAGGUAGGGUAGAUAUCAAUAUUACUCCUCCUGAGGAGAGUGCGAUUGCUCCGCCAAGUCCGUUAGAGGCACCUUCUAGUCACUCGAUCAGUGCACCUAUUGCAGUCUCGCGCAGGAGAUCAACAGAUGAUAGUGAAUCAGGCAGAUCUCAUCCAUCUCUCAGUCCACGUUCCUCCUUACCGGACAGUCUCUCCCGUUCAUCUGAAGGCAGUCAACGUUCCUUGAGCGAUAUCCUGCUGAAGCAACAGAUCGACGAAGAGGUUCGGAGACUACGAAGCAGAUCCUCUCUCUCAAAUUCAGAAUCUUCACCUCACCAAAGCGAACAAAACUCUGAAUCAGGAUCUUCACAAAGUAACAUUGCCUCACCUAGUACGCCCUUCUCAAGUUCAUCCAUUAAAGCCAAUGGCGCGACCGUUGAAAGGACUUCUGCAGACAGUGUGGCCUCAGAGCCUGUGGCAGGGUCAGGUAGUAGUAGUCCAAGUAGUGUGCCAAAAGAACAGAGCUCUGUAGAAUCAACAGAUGGUGCUGCAGUCUCGCAUACUAGGAACAAUAACAACAGUUUGUCACAGGGAGCCAGCGAGAACGCAGUUCCAGCCACCAUAGCAGUUGGUGUAAACGGGGACGCUCCAAGAGAGGGUGUGCAAGCCAUUAGUAAUGGACCUGGUUCCACGGAAGAACAGACACCAAGUGUGAAUGGAGAGGCUAACAAGAGCUCACCCAAGGGUUCGGCUGAUGCGACCCCUGCGGCUUCCACUAGCAGAGAAGACGUGGUACCCCCCAUGGGCUCAGCUCCACCAGCUGGUACCAGGACAAGAAGGAGAUCUAGCAGCCACAGGAACAGCGCCGUGUGGCAGAAGAGACAAGGACUAAGAGCUGCUGCAGCUGGCUUGCACGUGACCAUACCAGGUGCGACGUCUGAGAGUUCAAGCACCGAUUCACCUACGACCCCCGUGUUGACCCCAGGUCAUCGAAACACCUACCAAAAAUACCUGCUUCCCGAAGAGGAUGACCCACUGCCUGACAAUUGGGAAGCGAGAAUAGACCAGUACGGCCGUGUGUUCUAUAUUGACCAUCAAAGCAGGGCUACCACGUGGACCAAGCCUGGACGCAACCAGACCGGCAGACACGAACGGGACACCAGGGCCUCCGAACAAAGCAGGCAGCAGCUUGAUAGAAGGUAUCAGAGCAUCAGGAGAACCCUCCAGAGUGAUGACAACGGCAGCCGGAGAAACAGCUCUGAAGGCCCGUCAGCGUCCAGUUCUUCAGAGAGUAUACCUCAAAUACAGAACCCAAGGAACCAGCAGUCUCUCAUGGAGUCACCGGCGGUGCUCUUCAUCACCAGGCCAGACUUCUUCAACUUCUUGCAUUCAAACAUGGAUGCUAAAAACACAUUCCAGAAGAACUCGUCUGUGAAGCACAUGGUGAAUCGGAUCAGGAGAGACCCAGGCAAGUUUGCCGACUACCAGCACAACCGAGACCUGGUGGCGCUGCUCAACUCCUUUGCAGAUCCCCAGGGCGAUCUUCCCAGAGGAUGGGAAACCAAGAAGGACAAGUCGGGCAAGGAUUUCUUCAUCGACCACAACAACCGAGCCACCAGCUUCAUCGACCCUCGUCUUCCUCUCAACAUCGUGGAUACGUCAGGUGCCAUGCUAGCGCCCCCUAGAGGCAGGAUCAGGAGUCGGAGCGAAGGGGAAGAUGAGCUGCAGAACAGUACCUAUGCAAUCCAAGCAGCCCAUAAUUCCAGAGGUGGUCGGGGUUCAGGGCCCCCUCCCGUUGUCCCCAGACCGGUAGAGACCCUUCGAGGGGGAUCGUCACGCUCGGAAGAAGUGCCCAUGGCAUACAAUGAGAAGGUGAUAGCGUUUCUAAAGCAACCCAACAUCAUGGACAUCUUGCUGGAGAGACAACCUGGGCUUGGUGCUAAUCAGAAAUUAAAAGACAAGCUUGGACAAAUAAGGAAAGAUGGAAUUGAAGCUCUAGAAAAUCUCUCAAAUGACAUGGAAUUAAUUAUGUUACUAAGUUUAUUUGAAGAGAGCAUCAUGAGCUAUAUGCCCACCCCUCAACAAGCAAAUGCCUUGAGAUCUACAUUAGCACAAGCAAUAUCACCACAGAAUUCACCUCAACACUCACCACAUUCAUCACCAGUUGUUGGUCGUGCCAACGCCAGAGCACCGGCCCCAUACAAGCGAGACUUUGAUGCCAAGCUGAGGAACUUCUACCGAAAGCUGGAGGCUAAGGGCUUUGGCCAAGGUCCAACCAAAUUAAAACUGACUAUCAGGAGAGAUCAUCUUCUUGAAGAUGCCUUUGGUAAGAUCAUGGCUAUCAACAAGAAGGACAUUCAGAAGUGUAAGCUCUUCAUCUGCUUCGCCGGUGAGGAAGGUUUGGACUAUGGUGGCCCAUCAAGAGAGUUCUUUUUCCUCCUAUCAAGGGAGCUCUUCAACCCGUACUACGGUCUGUUUGAGUAUUCAGCCAUCGAUACCUACACUGUUCAGAUCAGUCCAAUGUCGGCCUUUGUCGAUAACUAUCUAGAAUGGUUCCGAUUCUGUGGUAGGGUCAUCGGUUUGGCCAUCAUUCACCACUUUCUCCUGGAUGCCUUCUUCACCCGGCCGUUCUACAAGGCCCUGCUGAGGCAGCUCUGUAACCUGACCGACCUGGAGUCCCUGGACGGCGAGUUCUAUCGGAGUCUGCUCUGGGUCAAGGAUAACGACAUCACUGACCAGCUGGAUCUGACCUUCACAGCGGACGAAGAGGUCUUUGGACAGCUGACAGAGAGGGAGCUAAAGCCGAACGGGAAGAACAUAGCCGUGACGGAGAAGAACAAGAAGGAGUAUAUUGAGAAGAUGGUGAGGUGGCGCAUUGAGAGGGGUGUGGCCGAACAGACGGAGAGCCUUGUCAGAGGUUUCUAUGAGGUGGUUGAUUCCAGACUGGUGUCCGUGUUUGACGCGAGGGAAUUGGAGUUGGUGAUCGCUGGUACGGCUGAAAUCGAUGUUGCUGAUUGGAGGAGGAAUACAGAGUAUAGAGGAGGUUUCCAUGACAAGCAUCACGUGAUCAACUGGUUCUGGAUGGCUGUGGAGAGAUUCGAUAAUGAGAGGAGGCUUCGUCUGCUCCAGUUCGUCACAGGAACAUCCAGCAUUCCAUACGAGGGAUUCGCCGCUCUCAGGGGCAGCAACGGUCCAAGGAAGUUCUGCAUUGAGAAGUGGGGAAAGAACUCAUUUUUACCAAGGGCUCACACCUGCUUCAACAGGCUGGACCUCCCUGCGUACACAACCUAUGCCAUGCUGAUGGAGAAGCUGGUCAUCGCCGUGGAGGAGACAAGCACGUUUGGAAUCGACUGAGGGAGAGAGAGUGAGGAGGAGGACUUUCAAGACAAGUGUCGGAUAGUAUGGAAAGACCAAGUUUGCAGACAGAUCAAGAUCAAGAUUGCGGGUCAUUUUGAAUUGACGGAACUAAUGAUUCUGCUUUUAUAUAGCGCCCAAUACAUCGAUACAACAAUGUGUCUACGGCUUUAUAGAUAUAUUAUUACCCUGGUCAUCUGAUUCAGGCUUACCCGCACACAAUGUAUGCACAUUUUCCACUCCUUGGGGAGCAUUCCGGCAUCAAGCUCAUGGAUAAUAUGGAUAAUAUUAAUGUGGAUAGAGCAUGUCUGCAAAGAGACGGAGAGGAAGAUUGUUUGUCAUUUGGAAUCAAAGCGAGUGGAGAAUAUUUAACCCCCUGCAUGUGAGAUCCGGAUAGUCCCUGUAUUAAGCCUAUGGGACUGAGAGAAUUCAGGAGUCAUCGGGUUAAAAGGUUUUUUGGAUAGCAUCGGUGUGGACAGGGCACGCGUGCAGGAGAAUUAUUAUGUUAUGUCAAGCCUGAUGUCUUCGUCAGCGACUCGUUCUUUGUUUGACUAUGACAGGGAAAGAGAGAGAGAGAGAGAGUAUAUCUCCUCAGUUACACUCUCUCUUUUGAAAUCAAUCUCUUCAUCACAUCUAUCCUACUGUGUAUGCUAUGUUAGAGGAUUGAAAUGCUGUGCACUAGUGGAUUCAGCCCAAGAGCACCCAAUUCUGGAAGACUAUAUAAUUCUUGAGCAUUGAAUGCACAAUACAGCUAUAUUCUACAAUGCGGUCCAGUGUCGAAUAUCAAUUCUUUCUCUAGAGCCUCUAUUCCAUUCAAACUCAUUACUACAAACUUGGAGUGAUAGGGGAGCAUCACAUCAAUUACAUCAGGCAUUCUUUGUAAUACAUCAUCUCCCUUCCUGGAAUCCCGUUGCAGAGAAUUCUUGCCUGGAAGUUUUUUUGAAAGACCAAAUUAAAAGUACAGGUCAUCAAGUCCUAAUGACCUAUACUCUUUCAGCGAUGACUUCACAAUACGGCUCUCCCCUACGAUGAAAUCUGCUCUGCAACAUCUCUCUGAGCAACUGUAUGUCUGGAAGGUUUCUCAAAUCUAACUUGGUAACAUUGUCUGGAAACAUCGUCUUUCAUCGACCAUAGGCUAUAUCAUCGCAAAGCAUGCGUCACUCAAAAUUGAACCAGUUCUUUCUAUACCAUGCGAUAUCAUACUCCAAGCAACCAAUGUAUUGGGACUGAGUAAACUAAUAUCUUGCGAAAUGGUGUUUUCCAUCAUCAUUGCCCUUGUUUUUGAUGAAAGUAAUAUACAUAUCGAUGGAUGCGUUCACCCAAAUUCUUUGCAUUCUCUCACUCAGAGAUUGAUUGAAUGUAUAUUGCAUAGCUGUAACCAGAUCAAGUAUUUGUUCAUGUCCACACUAGAAUUGUCUUCAGUCAUUGGGUAUUAAUAUCAGUGUCCAUGCUAGGGAAGAUGGUAAGACUGCAAUGAGUAAUAGAUAUAUGAUUCCUAAGAUUUAUUAAAACAAAAAAAAUAUAUUACCGUUACACAUCUGUCUCGCAUGGCCCUUUGAAUGCAUGUUACACGUCUCUGUUAUUUGUUAAGGCCAUGGCUGCUUCCAUUUAUGGAAAUACUGAACGUUGAUUCUGGGAAUCAGUUAUCAAACAGUAUUAAACAAUUUUUGAUUUCAGUGUGAUGUAAGGCUAGCAUUUUCAUGUUGGUUCCUCUGUUUGAAAAUGGAAGUUGUGUCCAUAUGGUGAGAAACUUUUGUCUUUCACCAGAGUAAAUUAUGUUUUAUAUUAUUUUUGAAACUUAUUGUAUGAAUUUUUGCUUUGCAUAUCCCACCAAUUAUGUCUUGUGUUUUCUUAAAAUAUUUGUCCUGUUUCUGUGCUCAGUUUUAUCAAAUGAAACAACAAAUUGUUUGCGACUGACAUCAAUCGCAGUAUUAGAGAAACAGGACUGCAAACUUGCAAUUGAUUAGAGGGCUUACCAGCAACUCUUUAUUAUAAAACGGGGCCCAGGUUUCUGUAUUGUACUUGAUGCUGUUACAUGAAGCUGUAUGUUGUCCAUUCGUAAUGGUCGGGAUAGUGGAUUUUUUUUUAAAUUGCGGAGCAGACAGUACUGGUUCCCCCAAUCAAUCUGCAGUGAAAAUUUGUAGAUGACUGUUAUAGGCAGAUUAAUCUAGUGAUACACGAGAGUGCAAAUGCACACUUGUGAACAUAGAUACAUGUAUGCAAUUUGUCCCUUGUAAUAAAACAGCUUCAAUGUGAUUGUAACACCAUAUAUCGAUGUGCGUUAGUGUUGGAAAUCAACUUGCGACAAGAGUGAAAGGAAAGAUUAAAAUGUUUUUGAGCAAGGUCUUACAGAAACUCUAGUGGGGUUUGUGUGCAGCACACAAUGUACUCUCCUUGAAGGGCAAGCCAGACGAAUCAAUCCAUGAUAUGUUCUUUGAUCAAAUCUCUUACCAUUUCAAUUAUCUUCCAUGAAAACGCAGUUACCGAGAAACUGGACUGCCAAAUAGAAAAUGUAGAGAUGUAUAUACAAAAUUUGGAUGAGAAGCAUGUAUAAAAUAGUCGAUCAUUCUUACUAUUAAUUGAUAUAAUGUAUAUUUAUGAAAUUGAUUAAUUGUAAUGUAUAAAAAUAGAGAGGUGGAAAUUGGCAAUGAUGAAAGGGAAAUAUAUUAGCUUGUAUUAUUUUCAUGAAUUUAUAAUGAUAACACCGGAGAACAUCUCAAAUAUGUAUAUCUGAUCAAUGGUGUGUUAUGUGAUAUUUAAACAAAGACAAAGUAUUCAGCUGUUUACAUUUAAUAUAUAUUAUUAUCCUUAUUAUUAUUAUUAUUAUUAUUAUGAAUAUCAUUAUGAAUGCAGAGCUCUUAAUGAGUGUAUGUUGAAUAAUCAGUGAAUCAUUGAUAUUAUAACAAUAUGUGGCUCAUAUGCAUGCAAACAAUUCUCUAUAUCAGAAAAUAAAAAAACAACAGCAGUACUUCCUAAACAUAAAUAAUGGGAUGAUAAUUGAGAAAUUUACAACUAUUGUGUUUUUAUUUUUUGUUUAGCCAGUACUUUGAAUAUGUUAUCUCCAGGUAUUAUUUCUUGUACUCGAUAAACUACCACCAGACUAUGGUUCUAUAUUGAAAGUUUGUUUUGCAUUUUUGUCUCUUGAGAGCCCGAAGGGAACUUUAUAGGGGGUGUAGCAUGACGAGACUAUGUGUCUUUCCCUUGGCCUGACUCGGGGGCCGAUCGGGUUUAAUACGACUACGAACCACGCCACCGCAGUAUUCACGUGCGUGCAACAUACACGAAACCGAAGCAUGAUGGGAACUAUGGUCUGUUUCGCGAACGCUAGCACGUGCUGACUGUUAAUCUAGUCCAUUUGUUUACAUGCAGCUAUCCAAAAGUAGUCGUAGAUGGCGUUAACCAAUAUUUGCCAUGCUGCACCCCCUUUAACACAGAGAUAACGCUCUCCUGGCUCCCAACAGAUGAUUUAUUUGUACAUUUUGGGUUUCAAGCGAAAAGGAAAUCAUCGUAAAUCGAUCAGAAUGUAAAUCAGAGUAUAUUAAUCCAGAUCUUUGCCAUGAUGAUGUGCAUGUUUGCAUGUCAAGUGAAAGUUAUUUCUCUAUGUUCUUCUAACCAAUACCAUGUCAAGGUCAUGUGAAGGUCACGUGGGCUCUACGCCUAGCGUCUCGCGCAAAAUGCUUUUACUCCUGCAAGUUGGUGCAAAAUUCAGAGUUGGUGAAUCUAUUAUAUGUAAACAUGCAAUUCAAAAUGUUAUAUUACUAUACAUGUAUACCUGCAAUUACAAAUAUUCUAUGUUAAAAUAUAUUAUAAUUUUGUAAAGCUAUUAGUUAUUAGUUAGAUUAUAUCCUCUUUAUGUUUCUAUUUAUUACCUAUAUUUCAGAACAAAGCGUAUUUCUUACAAGGAUAUGGUGUUAUAGUCUCAUUACAUAACUUUUACUCUGUUCCAAUUUGUCACUUUGUAAACUGGCAAAAUAUUUAUCUUAUUUACUUCCAGAUCUCUCAAUAGAUUGUUUAGUGUGUGUUAAUUGAUUGUGCAGUCAUGUGCAGAUUUCCAGCAUAUUAUUGCAAAGAUUACAAGUUGAUAUUUUGUCCUCAUCGUUUGUUUUAUCUCGUGUUCAUCAAAUACAUCUAACUUUUUAUCAUGAUUUUGAGGCAGGGACACAUAAACAUAUAUUUGUGGAAAAUGAUGCACAUUCAUAUUUUCUGUGAGACAAAUGUGUCGAGCAUGAAGGAGAGAUGUGAAAUUUUACCAGUAUAACUAAAAAAUGAAUUGAUAGGCCAACACAUUUGAUGUACGGUAGAUAGAAAUACAAGGGGUGUAAUUUUGUUUCAAUGUUAAUACAUGAGUUUUUUGUGUUGUUUUUAGUUUUAGUUUUUUGUUGCUGGUGGAGGGUAUAUAAUACCAAACAUAAUUAAACGGUAAAAUGAUUCUUAGACCUAGCUUGAGUGCCUACAUAUUGGUGCCAAAUGAGGGGGUUUGAACCCUAAACCUGCAUUGCAUCCACUUGUUCAUGACUGCAUUCAUACUAUAAAUAUUUAUGAUAUCGGUAUAUCAAAUCUGGCAUUUUAGAACAUGUAGUUUAGAUUUUUCUUUACUUCUUUCUUUUCCUAACUAAAGUGAUCAAAUUUGAGCUAAUUCGAAUAUGAAAGCCCAGCUUGAUUAGCUGUGCGCACAUGCUCUAUAGUGAAUUAUGAGUCUGAACAUGUACAUUUAUGUAAUUUUAAUGGUGUUAAUCUUGUUUGUAAUUAUUUUUCUUUUGAAUGAAAUAUUUGAGAUCUUGUACAGUGUGUAUUAAGAAUAAGAACAUUCAAUAUAUAUAUUGACCUGUAAGUCUUACGAUUAUAUGAAUUUUUAUUACAGUAUGAUAUGAAUGUAACAUAAAUAUUUCGAAUUUGGGGGAGAAUACUGACGUGAUAUUUUCACUGAAACUCUCAAUAAAUCACUUCACUGAAAAGAAA